AUGCGUUUUCAAAAGGCCUCCAAGCUUCCCGAGGUCGAUCUUGCGACCAGAAUGCAAGUCGACGACUCUGUCAUCGGAACCACAGACAUCGAUGAGUCUCUCUACAGCCGACAGCUCUAUGUCCUGGGACACGAGGCCAUGCGCCGCAUGGGUGCUUCCAACGUCCUCGUUGUCGGUCUCAAGGGUCUCGGUGUAGAGAUUGCGAAGAAUAUUGCCCUGGCCGGUGUCAAGAGCUUGACAGUCUACGAUCCUGCUCCAGUCAAGAUUGCGGAUCUCUCGGCUCAGUUCUUUUUGACUCCAGCGGAUGUUGGCAAGCCCAGGGACGAGGUCACUGCCCCGCGUAUCGCAGAACUUAAUGCCUAUACUCCCGUCAAGGUUCACCAAUCUCCUGGAAUCGAGGAUAACCUUUCACAGUUCGACAAAUACCAGGUCGUGGUGCUGACCAAUUCGCCAAUCUCCAUACAAAAGGCUGUGGGUGAUUACUGCCAUUCCAAGGGAAUCUUUGUUGUUAUUGUCGACACAUUCGGCCUGUUUGGCUCCAUCUUCUGCGAUUUUGGCGAUAAGUUUACCAUCAUCGAUCCGACCGGCGAGGCUCCUGUGAGCGGCAUCAUUGCCGGUAUUGACGAGGAGGGUUUGGUAUCGGCACUCGACGAAACACGACAUGGCCUUGAAGAUGGUGACUUUGUCACGUUUUCCGAAGUUGAGGGCAUGGAGAAGCUGAACGGCUGCGAGCCACGCAAAGUUACAGUUAAGGGCCCGUACACUUUCUCUAUUGGCGAUGUCUCAGGUCUCGGACAGUAUCUGCGUGGAGGCAUCUACCAGCAGGUCAAGAUGCCCAAGGUGGUUGAUUUCAAGAGCUUCACAGCUGCUCUCAAGGAGCCUGAGUUCCUCAUUUCCGACUAUGCCAAAUUCGAUCGCCCUCAGCAGCUUCAUCUGGGAUUCCAGGCUCUUCAUGCUUUCCAGGUCGCCAAUGGACGACUGCCCAACCCCAUGGAUGAGAAGGAUGCCAUUGUGGUCCUAGAGGCCGCCAAAACAUUUGCCGCCGACGAGAAACUCGAGAUCGAUAUUGACGAAAAGCUUUUGAAAGAGCUGAGUUUCCAAGCUCUUGGUGAUCUUAGCCCCAUGGCAGCAUUGUUUGGUGGUAUUGCCGCUCAGGAGGUCCUCAAGGCCGUGUCUGGCAAGUUCAACCCCAUCCAGCAAUGGAUGUACUUUGACUCGCUAGAGUCACUUCCAACCUCUACCAAGCGAAGCCCAGAACUUUGCAAACCAAUUGGCAGCCGUUAUGAUGGACAGAUCGCCGUCUUCGGAACGGAAUACCAGGAGAAGAUUGCCAAUCUCAAGCAAUUCCUCGUUGGCGCCGGUGCCAUUGGUUGCGAGAUGCUCAAGAACUGGGCAAUGAUUGGCCUGGGAACAGGUCCCAACGGCAAGAUUUACGUGACCGACAUGGACUCUAUCGAGAAGAGCAACCUCAACCGACAAUUCCUUUUCCGAGCCGCCGAUGUUGGCAGCAUGAAGAGCGACUGCGCUGCCAAGGCUGUGCAGCGCAUGAACCCAGAGCUAGUAGGCCACAUUGAGACGCUGCGAGAGCGCGUUAGUCCCGACACUGAGCACGUCUUCAAUGAGGACUUCUGGCGAAGCCUAGAUGGUGUCACCAACGCUCUAGACAAUGUCGAAGCAAGAACUUACGUCGACCGACGAUGCGUCUUCUUCCGAAAGCCACUGCUCGAGAGCGGAACUCUGGGUACCAAGGGCAACACACAAGUUGUCCUGCCUCACCUGACAGAGUCUUACUCCUCUUCUCAGGAUCCUCCCGAGAAAGAAUUCCCCAUGUGUACCAUUCGAAGCUUCCCCAACAAGAUUGAACACACGAUUGCUUGGGCCAAGGAGUACAUGUUUGAGAAGUUCUUUGUCAAGUCUCCCCAGACUGUCAACCUGUACCUGACGCAGCCCAACUUCAUCGAGGCUACGCUCAAGCAGGGCGGCAAUCACAAGGAAACUCUUGAGACCAUCCGCAACUAUCUGACUACUGAGCGACCUCGCACUUUUGAGGAUUGUAUUGCAUGGGCCCGUCUGCUCUUUGAGACGGAGUUUGCGAACAAGGUCCAACAGCUUCUGUACAACUUCCCCAAGGACUCGACCACCUCCGGCGGCACCCCAUUCUGGUCCGGCCCGAAGAGAGCCCCAGAUGUGCUCAAGUUCGACCCCAACAAUGCAACUCACUUUGGAUUCAUUGUUGCUGCCGCCAACCUCCACGCAUUCAACUUCAACAUCAAGUCUCCUGGCACUGAUAGGUCCAUCUAUCUGAAGGAGCUCGAAAAUGUCAUUGUGCCCGACUUUGCCCCUGAUGCAAAUGUCAAGAUUCAAGCCGAUGACAAGGAGCCUGAUCCUAAUGCCAGCACCUUUGAUGACACAGAUGAGCUUAGUUCUCUCACUGGAAGUCUUCCAUCGGCAAGCACUCUGGCUGGCUUCCAGCUGCAGCCUGUUGAGUUUGAGAAGGACGACGACUCCAACCACCACAUUGACUUCAUCACUGCUUGCAGCAACCUAAGAGCAGAGAAUUACAAGAUUGAGCCUGCCGAUCGACACAAGACCAAAUUCAUUGCGGGCAAGAUUAUUCCAGCCAUUGCCACCACCACUGCCCUUGUCACAGGCCUCGUCGUCCUUGAGCUUUACAAGGUCAUCGAUGGCAAGGAUGACAUUGAGCAGUUCAAGAACGGCUUCAUCAACCUAGCUUUGCCAUUCUUCGGAUUUAGUGAGCCCAUUGCCAGUCCCAAGGUGGAGUACAAGGGACCUGAUGGCAAGGUCAAGCUGGACAAGAUUUGGGACCGAUUUGAAGUCGACAACAUUACGUUGAAGGAGCUUCUCGACCAUUUUGAAGCAAAGGGCCUCAGCAUCAGCAUGCUCAGCUCUGGCGUCAGCUUGCUAUAUGCAAGCUUCUUCCCUCCGUCCAAGCUGAAGGAUCGCUAUGGCCUGAAGCUCAGCGAGCUGGUGGAGACCAUUUCAAAGAAGCCCGUUCCUGCACACCAGAAGGAGCUGAUCUUUGAGAUGGUGGCCGAGGAUCUGGACGAAGAGGACGUGGAGGUUCCGUACAUUAAGGUAAAUAUCAAAUAA